GGCUGAGAAGAGGCUCGGCCAGUGAGAGACGCCACAGUGAGGCGACCUCGGGAGCGACACGCGGCGAGCGAGAGCGUGCCAGGGAGUGGACCGCCACCUGAGCCGUCGGCUGCUGCACCAUCGGCUGCAGCGAGAUGUAGCAGCUGCAGCUCGCUGCUGUCGGCUUUUCCCGUCCCGGAGGGGGCCGUGCCAGGGGAGCGCUCACACCCGCCUCGGCCCUCGCAACUCCGCCAAUAGCCUGCCCGACGCCUCGCAUUGCACAGAUAGCAGCGAGACGCCGCCGCCGUCCCUGCCGCCGCGGCCCGCACCUGGAAGAACGCAAGGCAGGUGCGAUCGGCCCAGCGAUAUCAGCGUGACACCCUUCGCCGGCGGCAGGGUACAUAAGAAGAAGCGCACGCCUGGUCAGGACGCCCACCCCACCACACCACCAUCCCACCCACCCGCACUGCACCAUGGGCCGCUUCUGUCUUCGUUCGCCGCAGCUCAACCCGCUCUCGGGCAAGGCGCAGCAGCUGCCGAUCAUCAAUCCCUUCGACCGCCACGGCCGCGUCUUCUUUGCGUCGUGGAUGAGCUUCAUGAUCUCCUUCUUCGCGUGGUACGCGUUCCCGCCGCUGCUCGCGCGCACGAUCCGCGCCGAUCUGCGCCUCACGCCCGAGCAGGUGCUCAACAGCAACAUCGUCGCUCUCAUCGCCGGCUUCCUGAUGCGCGUCGGCGUCGGCCCGCUGUGCGACCAGUUCGGCCCGCGCCGUGUCAUGACGGGCAUUCUCGUCUGCGCCGCCAUUCCCUGUGGCAUGGCUGGCCUGAUCCGCAACGUCGCCGGCCUGUACGCCAUCCGCUUCUUCGUCGGCCUCGCCGGCGCCACGUUCGUGCCUGCCAUGGCCUGGUGCUCGAGCUGGUACGACCGCAACGCCGUCGGCACGGCCAACGGCUUCGCCGCCGGCUGGGGCAACGCCGGUGCCGGUGUCACGUACUUCGUCAUGCCGGCCGCCUUCGACUCGCUCGUCACCAACAUGGACCUCACGCCGCACGUCGCCUGGCGCGUCGCCUUCAUCGUGCCGACGAUCAUGCUGCUGUCCGCCGCGGCCUUUGCCUUCUUCCUCUGCGAGGACCUGCCGACGGGCAAGUGGAGCGAGCGCCACCUCAUCGCCGGCGCCAUUGUCGAUGAGCCGGCCGCCGCGCCCGUCGCUAGCUCUUCGGACUCGGGCUCCGACAUCGAGGUCAAGACGGGUGCCUCGACGCCCACGCCGCCGGCGGCCAACCCGGACAAGACGUCGGAGAAGGGCCGCGCCGCCGCCAUGGCCGCCGCUCAGGGCCAGACCAUCUCGACGGAGGCCUACGAGGCCGGCAUCGCCCCGACGCGCAUGGAGGUCGUGCAGAAGCCGACGCUGCGCGGCACGCUGCCGCUGCUGCUCGCUCCGCAGACCGUCAUGCUCGCGCUGCCGUACGCGUGCUCCUUCGGCGGCGAGCUUGCCGUCAACUCGAUUCUCUCGUCGUGGUACCUCAAGCACUUUGCCCACCUCGGCUGGACGCAGACGCACGCCGGCCGCGUCGCCGCCAUCUUCGGCCUGCUCAACGUCGUCACGCGCCCCGCCGGCGGCUUCCUCGCCGACUGGAUCUACGGCAAGAUGCCGGCCGGCCGUGGUCUCUUUGCCAAGAAGACGUGGUACAUGUUCCUCAUCUUCAUGCAGGGCAUCUUCCUCCUCGCCAUCGGCUUUGCCGGGCCGAGCCUCGGCCCCGUCGGCCUCGUCGGCCUCGUGUGCGCCAUGGCCGUCUUCAUGGACGCCGCCAACGGCGCCGCCUACUCGCUGCUGCCGCACGUGCGCCCCGAGAUCAACGGCAUCCUCUCCGGCUUCGUCGGCGGCAGCGGCAACCUAGGAGGUAUCUUCUGGAGCGUCGGCUACCGCUUCACCAACUACGCCCAGGGCACGUGGAUCAUCGGCGUCGGCUCGAUUGCGGUGGCCGUCAUCUGCAUGACGAUCCCGCCGAUCUCGCGCUCGCAGCGCCUCGCCGGCGGCUACAUGUCGACCUGAGCGUCUGUUCCGCUGGAUGACGCCUGUGUACGCUUU